AUGACUUUUGGAUCUUUCCGCAAUGAUGGCUUGAAAGCUGCGGAUGUUCUUCCCAUACUAAAGGAAAAGGUGGCCUUUGUUUCAGGCGGCCGUGAUAAACGAGGAGGUCCCAUCCUGACAUUUCCAGCACGCAGUAAUCAUGACAGAAUAAGGCAGGAAGAUCUUCGGAAACUUGUGACUUACUUGGCUAGCGUACCAAGUGAAGAUGUCUGCAAACGGGGUUUCACAGUCAUCAUUGAUAUGAGGGGGUCUAAGUGGGACCUGAUCAAACCUCUCCUGAAGACUCUUCAGGAGGCCUUUCCUGCAGAAAUUCAUGUUGCCCUGAUAAUCAAGCCUGAUAACUUUUGGCAGAAGCAGAAGACAAAUUUUGGAAGUUCAAAAUUUAUCUUUGAGACAAGCAUGGUCUCCGUUGAAGGUUUAACAAAACUGGUUGAUCCCUCCCAACUAACAGAAGAGUUUGAAGGAACUCUGGAUUACAAUCAUGAUGAAUGGAUAGAGCUGAGAGUUUCCUUGGAAGAAUUUUUCAAUAGUGCCAUCCAUUUAUUAUCCAGGCUGGAGGACCUUCAGGAAAUGCUGGCUAGGAAGGAAUUUCCAGUGGAUGUGGAGGGUUCAAGAAGACUAAUAGACGAACAUACCCAGCUCAAGAAGAAAGUAAUCAAAGCUCCAGUGGAAGAAUUGGACCGUGAAGGUCAACGGUUAUUACAAUGCAUAAGAUGCAGUGAUGGUUUCUCUGGUAGGAACUGCAUUCCUGGCAGUGCAGAUUUCCAAAGUCUUGUGCCAAAGAUUACCAGCCUUUUAGAUAAGCUGCAUUCAACACGACAGCACUUGCAUCAGAUGUGGCAUGUCCGUAAGCUGAAACUAGAUCAGUGCUUUCAACUUCGGCUUUUCGAACAAGAUGCAGAAAAGAUGUUUGAUUGGAUCAGCCAUAACAAAGAGUUGUUCCUGCAGAGUCACACUGAAAUUGGAGUAAGCUAUCAACAUGCCCUUGACUUACAGACCCAACACAAUCAUUUUGCUAUGAAUUCCAUGAAUGCCUACGUGAAUAUAAAUCGCAUCAUGUCCGUUGCAUCCAGGCUCUCAGAGGCUGGCCACUAUGCAUCUCAACAAAUUAAGCAGAUUUCCACACAGCUAGAUCAAGAGUGGAAGAGCUUUGCUGCAGCACUGGAUGAGCGUAGCACUAUCCUGGCCAUGUCUGCUGUGUUCCACCAGAAGGCUGAACAGUUUUUGUCUGGUGUAGAUGCCUGGUGUAAAAUGUGCAGUGAAGGAGGUCUCCCCUCGGAAAUGCAAAACCUGGAAUUGGCCAUCCAUCAUCAUCAGUCUCUUUAUGAACAGGUCACUCAGGCUUACACUGAGGUAAGUCAGGAUGGAAAAGCUUUGCUGGAUGUCCUGCAACGUCCCUUGAGUCCUGGAAACUCAGAAUCCCUCACUGCUACAGCAAAUUAUUCCAAGGCUGUUCACCAAGUUUUGGAUGUGGUCCAUGAGGUCUUACAUCACCAGCGACGCUUGGAGAGCAUCUGGCAACACAGGAAGGUUCGGUUACAUCAGCGGCUUCAACUUUGUGUUUUCCAGCAAGAUGUUCAGCAGGUUCUGGACUGGAUUGAAAACCAUGGGGAGGCCUUUCUUAGUAAACACACUGGAGUGGGGAAGUCUCUUCACAGAGCACGAGCUCUUCAGAAAAGGCAUGAUGAUUUUGAAGAAGUAGCACAGAAUACCUAUACCAAUGCAGACAAGCUACUGGAAGCAGCAGAGCAACUGGCUCAGACUGGGGAGUGUGAUCCUGAAGAGAUCUACAAAGCAGCACGGCAUCUAGAAGUGCGGAUUCAGGACUUCGUUAGGAGAGUGGAACAGAGGAAGCUUCUUUUGGAUAUGUCUGUCUCCUUCCAUACUCAUACCAAAGAGCUGUGGACAUGGAUGGAAGACCUGCAGAAGGAGCUCUUAGAAGACGUUUGUGCUGACUCCGUUGAUGCUGUUCAGGAACUCAUAAAGCAGUUCCAGCAGCAGCAAACAGCUACUCUGGAUGCCACUCUCAAUGUCAUCAAAGAAGGGGAAGAUCUAAUCCAGCAGCUCAGAGAUUCGGCGGUCUCUAACAAUAAAACACCACAUAAUAGUUCCAUCAGCCACAUUGAAUCUGUCCUCCAGCAGCUUGAUGAAGCUCAGGUCCAGAUGGAAGAGCUCUUCCAUGAGAGAAAAAUUAAGCUAGAUAUCUUUCUUCAGCUCCGGAUUUUUGAACAGUACACUAUUGAGGUGACCGCUGAAUUAGAUGCCUGGAAUGAGGAUUUGCUACGUCAAAUGAAUGAUUUCAACACCGAGGAUCUCACUUUGGCUGAACAGCGUCUGCAGAGGCAUACAGAGAGGAAGAUGGCUAUGAACAAUAUGACUUUUGAGGUCAUUCAGCAAGGACAAGAUUUGCACCAGUACAUCAUGGAAGUGCAAGCUUCAGGCAUUGAACUAAUCUGUGAAAAGGACAUCGAUCUAGCAAUCCAAGUGCAAGAGCUGCUGGAAUUCCUUCAUGAGAAACAGCACGAGUUGGAGCUGAAUGCUGAUCAGACGCACAAACGGCUCGAGCAGUGCCUUCAGCUUCGGCACCUGCAGGCAGAGGUUAAGCAGGUCCUUGGCUGGAUCCGUAAUGGAGAAUCAAUGCUCAAUGCCAGUCUUGUCAAUGCAAGUUCCUUGUCGGAGGCUGAGCAACUCCAGAGAGAACAUGAGCAGUUUCAGCUGGCCAUAGAGAAGACACACCAGAGUGCCCUCCAGGUACAGCAGAAGGCAGAGGUGUUACUGCAGGCCGGCCAUUACGAUGCUGAUGCCAUCCGGGAAUGUGCGGAAAAAGUGGCCUUACAUUGGCAGCAGCUCAUGCUAAAGAUGGAGGACCGGCUGAAACUGGUUAAUGCCUCGGUUGCUUUCUAUAAAACUUCAGAGCAGGUUUGCAGUGUGCUGGAGAGUUUGGAGCAAGAAUAUCGAAGAGACGAAGACUGGUGUGGAGGUCGGGAUAAGCUGGGACCAUCCUCUGAGAUAGAUCAUGUUAUCCCCUUAAUCAGCAAACAUCUGGAACAGAAGGAAGCCUUUCUCAAGGCCUGCACACUAGCACGAAGGAAUGCAGAAGUGUUUCUCAAGUACAUUCAUCGAAACAACGUCAGCAUGCCAGGAGUAGUGAGCCAUACCAGGGGCCCUGAACAGCAAGUGAAAGCCAUUCUGAGUGAGCUGCUGCAGAGGGAAAAUCGUGUUCUUCACUUCUGGACUUUGAAGAAAAGGCGACUGGAUCAGUGUCAGCAAUACGUAGUCUUUGAGCGCAGUGCAAAGCAGGCUUUGGAUUGGAUUCAGGAAACUGGAGAAUAUUAUCUCUCUACUCACACUUCCACUGGAGAAUCAGCAGAUGAAACACACGAGCUUUUGAAAGAAUAUGGAGAAUUCAAAGUACCUGCUAAGCAAACCAGGGAGAAAGUGAAGCUGCUCAUUCAGCUGGCCGAUAGCUUCGUGGAGAAAGGACACACACAUGCCACAGAAAUUAGGAAAUGGGUUACUACAGUUGACAAGUGCUAUCGGGAGUUUUCACUGAGAAUGGGGAAGUACCGCUACACUUUGGAAAAAGCUCUUGGGAUCAAUACAGAGGAUAAUAAAGACCUGGAGUUGGACAUCAUUCCAGCAAGUCUGUCUGAUCGUGAAGUAAGGCUACGCGAUGCCAGCCAUGAAGCCAAUGAAGAAAAGAGAAAGUCAGCCAGAAAAAAAGAGUUCAUCAUGGCUGAAUUGCUUCAGACCGAGAAGGCCUACGUUAGGGACCUGCAUGAAUGUUUAGAGACCUACCUUUGGGAAAUGACAAGUGGAGUAGAGGAGAUACCGCCAGGGAUUCUGAACAAGGAACACAUAAUAUUUGGAAACAUCCAGGAAAUAUAUGACUUUCAUAACAAUAUUUUUUUGAAAGAACUGGAAAAAUACGAACAACUUCCUGAAGAUGUUGGUCACUGCUUUGUCACCUGGGCGGAUAAGUUUCAGAUGUAUGUUACCUACUGUAAAAACAAACCUGAUUCCAGCCAAUUGAUCCUAGAGCAUGCAGGAACAUUCUUUGAAGAAAUUCAACAAAGGCAUGGUCUGGCCAACUCCAUUUCCUCAUAUUUGAUCAAACCUGUCCAGAGGAUUACAAAGUAUCAACUUUUAUUAAAGGAGCUUUUAACAUGCUGUGAAGAAGGAAAAGGAGAACUCAAGGAUGGUUUGGAAGUGAUGCUCAGUGUCCCUAAGAAAGCCAAUGAUGCCAUGCAUGUAAGCAUGUUGGAAGGAUUCGAUGAAAAUUUAGAUGUUCAGGGAGAACUGAUUCUUCAGGAUUCAUUCCAAGUUUGGGAUCCCAAAUCUCUCAUCCGGAAGGGUCGCGAGAGACAUUUGUUUCUCUUUGAAAUCUCUCUAGUUUUCAGCAAAGAGAUAAAAGAUUCUACAGGACAUACUAAAUAUGUUUACAAGAACAAAUUACUGACCUCAGAACUAGGAGUAACAGAGCAUGUGGAAGGAGAUCCAUGCAAGUUUGCCUUAUGGUCUGGACGAACUCCCUCUUCGGAUAACAAAACAGUGUUAAAAGCAACCAGUAUUGAAACUAAACAAGAAUGGAUUAAAAAUAUUCGAGAAGUGAUACAAGAAAGGAUUAUACAUUUAAAAGGAGCUUUGAAAGAGCCAAUUCAACUCCCCAAAACCCCAGCCAAGCAAAGGAACAACAGUAAGAGAGAGGGAGGAGAAGAUGCCGACAGCCAAGGAGAUGGGAGUAGUCAGCCUGACACAAUUUCAAUUGCAUCCAGGACUUCUCAGAAUACAGUAGACAGUGACAAGCUGUCUGGAGGAUGUGAACUAACUGUGGUGCUGCAAGACUAUGUUGCCAGUCACAGCAGUGAACUGAGUAUUCAGGUGGGACAGACUGUGGAGUUACUCGAAAGGCCAAGUGAACGACCAGGCUGGUGCCUGGUACGGACCACAGAAAGGAGUCCACCUCAAGAAGGUCUGGUUCCCAGCAGUGCUCUCUGCAUCUCCCAUUCCCGGAGCAGUGUAGAAAUGGACUGCUUCUUCCCGUCAGGAAAAGAGCUCAAGGCAAGUACAUAUGACAUCCCUUCUGUUUUUUUGUCUAGAAUAAUGGUCCAUGAAGUAGGUUGGGCUGAGAGAGUCAUUUGCUCAGUCAUCCAGUGA